AUGCAUGACUCCACCAUAACCGUCUAUAUCUAUAUAACUCCCUCUUCUAUUAUGGGCCAAUUCUUACUCUCUCUCUCUCCUUUUAUUCUUUCCUUUUUCUUUUUUCCUUCCUUUGCCUUUAAAAUUUCCUUCCGCCGUCUUCUGUUUAUUAUUUAUUUUCCUUUUUUACCUUUUUUCUUUCCACUCUUUAUCCAUUUUUACUCCUCUCUUUCUUUUUCUUUCUUCACUUUCCUCUUUUCUCCUCCCCCCAUUUCUCCUUUUUCCCCUUUUUCUCCUUUUUCCCCCUUUUCUCCUUUUCCCCUUUUCUCCUUUUUCUCCCUUUUCUUCCUUUUUCCUUUUCUCCCUUUUCUCUCUUCCCCUUUUCCCUUUUCUUUUUCCCUUUUCUUCUUUUUCCCUUCUUUUCCCCCUUUUUUUCCCCCUUUUCCCCUUCCCCCUUUUCCCCUUCCCCUUUUCCCUUCCCCCUUUUCCCCUUCCCCCCUUUUUCCCUUCCCCCUUUUUUCCUUUUUCCCCCUUUUCUCCUUUUUCCCCCUUUUCUUCUUUUUUCUUCUUUUUUUCUUCUUUUUUCUCCUUUUUUCUCCUUUUUUCUCCCUUUUCUCCUUUUUCCCCCUUCCCCGUUUUUUUUACCCUGCCUUCUUUUUUUACCCCUGCCCUGUCUCUUUUUCUUACCCCUGCCCUUUCUCUUUUUCUUACUCCUGCCUUUUCUCCUUUUUUUUUACCCCUGCCUUUUCUCCUUUUUUUUUUACCCCUGCCUUUUCUCCUUUUUUUUUACCCCUGCCUUUUCUCCUUUUAUCUCUCUCUCUUUUCUCUCUUCUCACUCUCUUAUUUUAA